AUGCGCGAAGCCUGGUGUGCGGAUAGUGCUGCGCCAAUUCCGGCAGAUGAGUACUUUGAGGCUCUGUUGGCCAGUCUGGAGAAGAUAUCUGCUUUGAAGGUGGUCCAGAUCAGUACGUCGAUGAACAAAGUCUCGAAGCACAUGAACAACAUGGAGAGGGAUCUGGUGUUGCUAUGAUGGGAGAUCAUGUUUACCUGAGGGGGGUCGUGCUGGCAGAAGAGAACGACGAGAGCUUCCUUCUCUCUUAGUUGCUAGUCCAGCUUCAACCAUCGUCCUGCUGACUAGUACUCACGCUCUAAUUCUCAGCUUCAAUUGUUUGCGAAAGUGCUCCUAUGACAUCUGGAGAUCCAUGGGUCCUUUCGCCGAACUUUUUGCAGUGGCAAAGCCAACUCUUGGUGGCAUGCCGAGCAUGGGACCUGGGUUUAUGGAGAUGAGCAUAGGAGACCGUUGUACUAGAGCAGGGUUGUAAGCAAUCUUAGCCAGUGGUUAGAUGUCUCUACUUUCACCGUCUUUGGAAGAGUGAACUGAACAGAGAUGCUGAUAAUUCCUCUGCUGAAAGUAACAAGCUAGCUAGAGAAGCUAACUACUAGUCCCGUCUUCAUUCUACCACCGCCUCGCGAUAGCACGGGAGGGUUCGUCGCAGCUGUAAGCGGAGGUGCGUCGGCCACGACGGAUGCAAAUUCACAAGCUUCACCCAUCAAAAGAUCCCUGCAUUCGUCAGAGGGCUCAAAAACCGGCAUAAGCAGGCUGUCCUCCGGACAAUUCAGACAAAAUCCAACUGCUGAACCAAGUGUACCACCACCAAGAAAAUCGAGAGUGCAUAGGAAAGGUUUUAGAUUUUUGUGCAUAGAUCAUUGAAGAAGUUGUUUUUCAUUGAAGAUGCCGAGGCUCCUGCUGAAGGAUGAUAGUUUUUUUUGAAACAUAGUUUGGUUUGAGAAGUUAGCUUCGGUAGUUUCCAUUCAAAAUUCAAAUUCGGCUUGAGAAGUUAGUUUCGGUAGUUUCCAUUCAACUCAAGAAAAAGAAAGAAAAACCCAAACGCAGUCCGAACGCUCUACGAUAAGGAUGCUAACGCCAAGGAGGACGAAGUAGCACCUACUGCGGAAGACGAGCCUCAAGAGGCCAUGGCAAUGACACAUGGCGAAAUUGAAAAUGCAAAAAAGGAGAAGCAAGUACUGCUGAUAUCUUCUGUGGGUUGUACUUUCUAGUAGUGAAUAUUUAUAAUAAAAUAAGAAUGUCGUGAAUCAUGCUGGUUUAAUUUUUCGCGCUCAUACCUUCAUGUCUAUCUGUGGUCGUCACCUUUGAUUGCGGAAUAAGAAGGUUUAACAGAUCAGCGAUGUUAAGCUGAAGCUCUUCCCAACACUGCACAGCUCGAAUCCGACGCUUUAAUCUGGGAUCGCUUUGACGUUUUCUACGGCAUAUUCGUCAUUGCAAACGGUCUCCUGAUGGGUUUACGCGCAGAUCGCGUUGCCGAAGAUGCCACUACACUCUGGACACUCAUAGACAGUGCGUUUUUCACCAUCUUCUGUUUCGAACUCCUACAGCGUGCCGUUUUGGUCAACCAGUUGGAGAACUAUUCGGACGAUACAGUAGUACUAGGACUUUUUCCAAGGAUGGAGAGAUCAGAAAUCAUGCAGUGGCUACCGGACACAUUCCGCAACACUCGGCGUUUCAUGCGCGAUCCUUGGGUGGUGUUGGAUGUUUUUAUCAUCCUACUAGGCGCUUUGGAAUACGUCUUGCGCUGGUUCGGGGAAAGUUUUGACGGAAGAAUGGCUUCUGUUUUUCGAAUUUUCAGGUUGCUGAGGCUUAUUCGGAUAGUCCGGUUGUUCAAAGUGCUAAAGGAGCUUUGGCUAUUGAUUUAUGCUGGGGGUUUCAGAAAAAAAAGAUAGAAGACCUCCUCUUCUUGCGUCGAGCAAAUAGGUGCUGUAGUUUCUCUCAGCACUCUGCAAGAAUGUAUCAUCCAACAUCUUCCCUCUCCUUCUAACACUUGGAAGGCAUGGUCCAGGCCAUCGGCACUUUAUUCUGGGCCACCCUCAUGUUGGGUAUCAUGGUCUACGUAGGGAGCGUCAUCGUGAAGGAAAGCGUGGAUAAGGAGGACUUUAUCACUAAGUGGGACACGUUAGACAACAGCAUGUUCCGCAUGCUGCAGAUCAUCACGUUUGAUUCCGAUAGUACGGGGAUGGUGUGGUUUUCGAUGAUCACGGAAGUGUCAGCUGGCAAUUGGCUGAUUUUUCUGUUUUUGAUUUAUGGCCUCUGUUUGAACUAGUUUCAUGGUAGUUCUUUUCUGGAACGAAUGGUCCAAAGCCUGUCUUCCCCUGGUGCAGCAUCAACAUCAUACUUGUUCAUCUUUUUGGGGCUUCUACCUCUCAAGUAAUGGUUUUCUAGUUAUAGGUUGUCGCAGCAUUCUGUUCCACCUCUUCAUUCCUCCGGUUUCGUCGUUGCAACAGCCUUGGGUCUGAUGAAUCUGAUAGUUGGGAUCAUGGUCGAGCAAAGUUACAACAUCGUUCAGACCGAGAAAAACAGGCUCCGAGGUGAUGCGAUUAUCUUUAUGCGUCGUGGUUUGUGCGUUCUUUAGUUUGUGAUUGUUCAUCAUGAUGAUGGCGUUUGGUCCGUAGCAAUUCUCUAGGAUGUAAGUUCGCAUUCUACAUUCCAUCACCAAGACAGCUGCGUCGUCUGCCUAGCACAAUGCACCACCUCUAACCUCUUAGCCAAACAGGCCAUGCUUCACGCCAAGAGUGCCUUUGCCAGUUUGCAGGAUCGAUCAGCGACCAAGAAAACCAAGAACAUGGAGGAACAGGCGCGGUCCAUCAUGGUCACACCAGCUCAGUUUAGAGACGCCAUGCGCGCAGAUCCGCAUCUAAGGGCGGCUUUAGAAAGAGGAGGCAUCACGAGCUAUAGGAUCAAGCAUAUUUUCACCAAGCUGAGGUAUAAGUAAUUUGAAUCAACAUCAUGAGUAGAAGUAGUUGGAAGAAGUAGGUCGUGUAGUUUUCGUGUUUAGGCUCGUUGAUUUCUACUUUGGUCAUUUUGAAAGAGCAUCCGGAGGACAGCAGCAAAUAACGGGUACCGUUAUUCAAAACCAACUCCCCACCAAACACAAACAGUAUCGAAGGACCGCAACAGCCGAUCCACUUGUCCGACUUUAUCGAAGCCUGCUUGCGACUCACCCAAGGACUCAAGCCUGUCGAUCUCAUCGCGUGUAAAGUGAACUUUAGACGCCUAGCACAGGAGUUGGAGAGUCUAGAAACCGCUUCCCACGAGAUGCGUGCUACUCUGCUGGACUUCCCGCAUAGACAGCAACACUGGAUGCACACCCAGGAAGGUUCUGGUGAUUAUAUUAAGGCUCAACUUUCAUUGGUCAUCAUUUAGGUUGCUUGGGGUCACUGAAAUCGAAGAGGGCCCCCUUGAGAGAACAGGCGAAAAUGAAGGGAAAGGGGAGACGAGCCUUGACGGAGGUCUCUUCCGUUCAGCGUCAUGAUGACCAAGGAAUGCUGAGCUUUAAUUAUAACGCCGAAACGGCAGUUGAAUAUCGGUUACCGCCAGACGAACAUCCGGCGUUUUUGGAUAUCGCGAAUAUGAAGCUGAGACAAGAAAAUGACGGAAUAAGGGAUGAAAUUAAAGCGUUGCAAAAGCUGGUCAAAGACCAUUUAGGGGAGUUUGCAGAUAGUGCGAGCUUAGACGAGUUCGCGAAACAGAGGGCGGCGUUGAAAGCGAAACAUCAAAUGUCACCGAGAGUUGACUAGUAACUACAGGGUGGAUGCUGGUAGCGCUUACCAAGUACACAGAAAUGAAGACUUUUUAGACACACAGAGAUGACUUCACAGAAUUCUAGUUUGGAUUACGAUGACUUGACACUGGUAUUUGAAUAUUUCCUUCACAGAAGAAGAACAAUCGUUUGAUGAAUACUUCACAAAGAGAUAUUCACCUUGAAUACUUCACAGAGAUGAAAGAAUUUGGAUUACACUUCACGUUCACAGAGAUGACUCCACAGAGACUAAGAAUCAACAGGAAAUACCAGGUAUUUUUCGGUAAAGAUGAUAUCCGAAGAUUUUUGCUGUAUAGAUGUUGCGGAAGACUGUACAUUGUUGGUAAGAAUGAUAGCAAACACACUCCUCCGUGGACAAACAUGUGAAAGAGAAAAACACGAAUGCUUGACUAUGAUGACUAAACACAUUUGGGAUGUGCAAGCUAAGAACAAUAAGUACUAGGUUUCCGGCUCGAUGAACGUCGACGUCCCCCCUCCC